AUUAUAUCAGCAUAGAAGUAAACAGGAGGGGUCAGUAGAGUCAUCAUACGGGCGCUGCAGGUGGUGUCUGCUGGCAUCGAGGCACAAGCACAGCCUGAGAGCCAUGGGGAACACCAAGAGCACCGCCCUGUCGCGCGAGAUCUUGGAGGACAUCAAGCUAAACACCAAAUUCUCGGAGGACGAGCUCACCGAGUGGUACAGCUCCUUCAUGCGGGACUGCCCCGACGGACGCAUCUCGCGAGAGCGCUUCGAGAAGAUCUACGCGCGCUUCUUCCCGAACGCCGACCCCAAGGUGUACGCCCAGCACGUGUUCCGCUCCUUCGACAAGAACAGCGACGGCACGCUCGACUUCAAGGAGUACAUCAUUGCGCUGCACCUCACGUCGUCCGGCAAGACGCAGCUCAAGCUCGAGUGGGCCUUUUCCCUCUACGACGUCGAUGGCAAUGGCACCAUCAACAAGUCUGAGAUCCUGGAGAUUGUCAAGGCGAUCUUCAAGAUGAUUCCUCCCGAAGAAGUGCAUUUGUUGAAGGAUGAUGAAAACACACCUGAGAAGCGCGCCGACAAAAUCUGGAAACAUUUUGGGAAAACUGACAAAGAUAAGCUGACAGAAGGUGAAUUUGUGCAGGGCCUCAAGGACAAGGAUGAGAUCAUGCGUCUGAUUCAGUAUGAGCCACCAAAGAAGUAAUGUUGGUCACCUCUUCUGCUUGGGGCUAAUGUUGGGCUUCUGUGGAUGAGAAUUUUGUUAAUAUCUCGUGAGUGUGUUCAACCGCAUCGCCCUUGGAAACGAAUCAAAAAGGAUAAAGUAAAAAAUAUGAAGCACACAUAGUUGUCUCUUUGUUUUUUCGUUUUACAGCACUCUUCACAGAGUGCCUAAAAUGUAUUUAAAGGUAACUGCAGUAAUUAUAUACACACACAAGUGACUUUGUAUGAUGCUGUGAGCGUAUUUCUUACGAUAAAAAAGUGUGACUUCAUUGCACUGCAGUGGCAGCUGGUGUGUAUGCAAUUUUGGGGGUAGCAAGCCACCUAGAAAUAACCUAUAUGUUUUAAAAUAAAACAUUAAAACAGUUGUGAAACCAUUUAAACGUUUUAAUAUAGUUAAAGCUCGUGGGUAAUUUAAACCAUUGCUUACGGGUUUUGCACAUUGAUUAAAAUUGAAUCAAACUAAUGUUUUUUUAAGUAUGAAGUGCUUGGUUUGUCUGCCCCAGUGAGAUGCACAUUUCAGAAUCUCAUUGGCCGAAUUUAAAGCACUCCCACAAAGUGCCACCCUUUGAAGAAAAUUAAGCAGAAAGUGUGCCAAUAUUUACACCCCUGGCCAUUAACAAGCCACCGUCCGAAGGUCAUUUGGAUGGGGAUUGUCACCCCUUGGCCACCGCGGCACUGGCAUCACCCCACUAAAAACGUGACCCACCAGCUGCCACUUUGCACUAAAUAUGCUGCAUCUGUAAAAUGAUAUGGCAUAAAAGGGUGACAGUAAAACACGAAUCUCCCAUUAUAUUUAAUCGUAUUUUCAUUAAAUCUGCAGCAUUAGGACUUUUGCCUGGAAGCUUCUGCUCCCUUUGAUGCUGCUUGUGAUGUAGGAUUGAUUUUACAAAAUCAGAGGGUUAUCAAAAAGUCUGUGGCUAGACAUAGAUAGCAGUUAAUGGCUGACCCUGAUGAAACUGUGCAAUUAAUUUGGCCCGUCGAUGUGAAAUUCCAUCCAUAAGAUACAUUUUGGCUUGCUCAUCAAACCUAAAUUAAUUAUUGGUGCAUGUUGGGUAAUUCAUUCAUUUAUAUCCAGCAAAAUCAAUGGCAGUCACGGCAACUAAUGACUUAAGAAUUGAGAACUUUAAACACUAGAAACACAUUUUUUCUAUUAAAUCUAAUCAUCCCGAAUUUCCUUUUAACUGAACAUUCACACGUUACCAUCGACGACAAAUAUCUAUGUGAAGCCUCAACUUUUAAAAUAAAAACAUUUUGGGACUCCACUUUCAUCACUGGUUUAUGGAUAAAUUGUUGAUAUCAAAAUAAAGCCAACCAGGAUAUUUAGUUUAAGCGAUUAUUAUCACCAGCCAUGAUUUAUCUACUGCUGGAUGAAGCUCACCCAAGCUUGCACCAUUGCUCAUAGUAUUGCAAUGCUCCAUCCAUCUAACACUUGCACGUGAGUUGAUUUCAUCGCUCCAUCUCUAGGGUGGACGUACAAUUGGGCAUGUUCCCCCGUCUCGUUCCCACCCUCUCGUUUGUCUCGACCAUCAGCCAUCAUCUCUUUGAGGUGAUGUGUCCUGCUCAAGCCCACUUGUUUCUGCUCCAAAUCUUUUGCAAAGGUGUUUAGUUUCACUAUAAUGCACCUACAGUAGCUGUGGGGGAAAAUAUUAUUGAAAGUAAUUCAACCGUCCAGCAACUACUGUAUACUCUUUGUUUUUUUCGGCAAAGUCACAUAGGUAGAAAAUAAUAGAUCACGACGUUUCGAUCGCAACACAAGCAGCCGUCAUCAGGUGAGACCAACACAGCAGGGGAAAUGCUGACGAAGGAGAAAGAGCUGCUGCAACAAGAGGUUAUAUAAGGUAGGAGGAAAGCUGCUGAUGCAGGCUGCUUCUAAAGGGUAGAAAUGGGCGUAACUAAAACGACUGCUGCGCGUGCGACAAAGGGGAGAUCGGAGGCAGGAGGAUAGAGAGGGGGUGGGGCAUAGAUAAGAAA